CGGAGCGGGACUUCCUUCGGGGAUCCCGCUGGAGAAAGCGACCCGAGAGUGGAGGUGACACGUAAGAGCUGGACUGGAAGGUGGCCAAGGCCAGGCAGGGAAAGGGAAGUUUCCCCCAACCCCCCCCCCAUCAGUUUUGCAACUACAAACUUCAGCCCUUGGGGUGGGGGGAGGCAGAUCCCCAGAGAGCGCCAAAGAGAUCUCCUAAGAGGCAUCUGGCUCGGAGGGACCGUUCUUGCAAGGAGCCCCGAGAGCCGCUCCAAAGCGCGCCGCGGGAGCGCUUGGGCGAGGACCCGCAGGCUUAGUUUUUGCAGGCGGGCCGGGGGGAAACCGAACUCCUGCGGGCUGAUCGCCGGGCGAAAGAGAGAUCUUGCCGGGAGGCGCGUCCACCGAAGUGAGGCGCCGGCGGGAUCCGCUCGCUGGAGAUGCCCCGCGACUGCCCGCUUUGAUCCACGCCGGCCGAGAAGCUUCAUGCUCAGCCUCGGCAGCGAGGUAACCGGGCAGUCAGCCAGGCGGCCAGAAGGCAAGUCUGCCUAACGGGCGAAGCUCCGCCUUGCCCCGGGGAAAGCCUCUCUCCGACCUCAAGCCCCGCCAGGUGUCCCGCGCUCCUCUCCAGCCUAGCGGCGGCAUGACCUUCGAUGCUUGGCCGAGCUAAGUGUCAGUGGGUUCGAGGGAGCCGCUCGGGGGUCUAUGGCAGCGCAGGCGGGGCUGAAACUCCGCGAGGUGGUCGCCGGUUGCUGCCGCUGCUGCCCCAGGCUGCCCGUGUGAAGCUUUGAGGACACGUGGGGGGUCCCCGGCGGAAGGGACUAUGGGCAACGGGAUGUGCUCCCGCAAACAGAAGCGGAUCCUGCAGACCCUCUUGCUCCUGACCGUGGUCUUCGGCUUCAUCUACGGGGCCAUGCUCUACUACGAGGUGCAGAACCAGCUGCGCAAGGCGGAGGCGGUGGCCCUCAAGUAUCAGCAGCACCAGGAGUCCCUCUCGGCUCAGCUGCAAGUUGUAUAUGAGCAUCGGUCAAGAUUGGAAAAGUCUUUACAAAAGGAGAGGCUUGAACACAAGAAAGCAAAAGAAGACUUUCUGGUUUAUAAAUUGGAAGCACAAGAGACACUAAAUAAAGGAAGGCAAGAUUCCAAUAACAGAUACAGUGCCCUGAAUGUGCAACACCAGAUGCUGAAGAGCCAACACGAAGAGCUGAAGAAGCUGCACACGGACCUGGAGGAGGAUCACCGGAAACAGGCCGAAGACUUCAGCAGAGCAGUUAAUGAUCACAAGCAGAGAUACAUGGAGAUGCAGCAGGAGAAAGGGCAGGAGCUCUCCAAGCUGAAGGAAUCUCUGUAUAACCUGCGGGAAGAGAACAGGCAGCUGAGAAAAGCCCACCAGGAUAUUCAUACGCAGCUGCAAGAUGUAAAGCUGCAGCAUAAGAAUUUACUGUCCCAACAUGACCAGCUUGUAGUGACACUGGAAGAACACAAGAGUGCGCUAGAAGCUGCGCAGUCCCAGGUAGAGGAAUACAGACAGCUGAAGGACACCCUUAAAAAGAUGCCGAGUUUUCAAAGGCCUGAAAGUUUCCACCAGCCACAUGUUGUGCAAGUGACGGUAGCGCCUUCACCCUCAAGCAACUACAAACCACAUGACUCAAAUGUGGCUGAACAACAACAGGAGGUGACCCUGGAUGGCGAACAUCCUCAAGAAGGAGAAGGCAUCCACUCUGAAGGAAGAGAAGAUAAAGCCUUACCAUUUCAUCCUGGUGGGAAAGUGAUUGAAGGUCACCCUCGCCAGGAACUAAACAUUCAGCAGAAGCAAGAAGCGGGAGAAGAUGAGGAGCAGCACCUGGAACAGGUGGAAGAGGAGCGCAAAAAGGAACUCGAAGAAGAAGAAAUGGAGCAAGCAGGUCAGCCCGAACAUUUAGCAGAGGACCUGGACCAAACACCAGAGGACCAUGAGUGGAAGGAGAAGGAAGAAGAAACCAACAUGCUUCAUGAACACACUCACUUGGAGGAACCAGCUACGGUGAAGACUAUAACAAGGUACAAAUCGGCCUAUGAAGAGCAGCUGGAGCAGCAGCGGCUGGCUGCCCAAAGAGCAGAAGAAGCCACACGCCUGAGGGAACAUCAGGAGUCCCUGCAUCAGGGGAGACUACAAGAGCAGUUGCUACGGCAGCAGCAGCUUCAAGAAAAAGAGCUGUCCUUCCGGAGACAGGCCGAGCAGGAUGAAGAGCAAUUUAAACACCAUCUAAGCCAACAGUCUCAUUACGACAAUCUAGAUCAGGAUAUCGUACAAGGAGAGGAGCAAGGAGCUCAGGAAGAAGAUGAAAACUACGAGCGGCACAACCAGCAUCCCCAAGAAGCAGAGGAGGAAGAUCAAAACAACGCGAAUGAGCAGCGGGAUCAAGACCCGGACCACCAAGCAGAAAGUGAACUGAGCAAAGAAGCGCAGCGGAAGGCAGCUGUGGAUGAUGUCAACCCGGCUGAUGACCCCAACAAUCAGGGAGAAGAUGAGUUUGAGGAAGCAGAACAAGAGAGAGAGGAGACGCUGCCCGAGGAGGAUAAACCUCUGAAACCACAUGACCAGAAACAAGAGAAUCCUGAGGUGGAGGAACAUUUAGUGAUGGUGGGUAACCCUGAUCAACAAGAAGACAAUGUGGAUGAGCAGUACCAGGAAGAGGGAGAAGAAGAGGCCCAGGGAGAUCUGACUGAAGAGAAGAAGAGGGAUCUGGAACACAAUGGUGAAGAGCCUUAUGGUGAAAAUGAUGAAAAUGCUGAAGAGAAAAUGAGCGAAGGUGCAGAUCAAGAGCAAGAAAUCCAAGAAGAAGCCAACCCCAAAGAAGGCCGCGAUGAAAACUAUGAGGAGGAAGAAGAGGAGGAGGAAGAAGGUGAUGCCAUGGCAGCCAAAGCCCACAGACGAGGAGAGAUGUGAAGCUUGGUUGAACCACAAAGAGUCACUUGACAAAUUGGUAUCUGCUUGGAAGGAAAAAAAUGUAGAUGCUGGAGAAAGAUAGGACUUACCUUCUUUUAUCUCCGUUUUCAAUUUUUAAAAAUUGGAUGUUCUUGUGCCAUUUAUAUAAAUGCAGUAUUUUAUUAGAUUAGUAUUUCUUUUAUAUCAAUUUGUAUGGGACAAGAAGCAGAAUACAAAGGGUAUUCUUAUAUUCCCCCAACCCACCCAAUUUUAUAGUAUUUUUAAAAUUUGAAUAUGUUUUUGAAUGAAAAUCUGUUGACAUUGUCCCAAUAGCAUCUGACAUUUAAUUUCUGAUGCAUUUAUUAGGGGGGAGGGGAAGCCCCAGUGCCUCCACUUGGUAUAUGUUGAAAGGCUGGGUGGUGGGUUCCACCCACCUCUCAGUCAGAGCCUUCAUACAUACCCAGCAGGACAGACCUGGUCAGCAUAGUGCCUUAAUGGACAGUAACCUUCAGUUAAUAGGAAUUGGACCUUAAUCUCAUCUGCAGUGACUGUAUAAAGGAUACCUGACAUUUGGUGUAGCCCCUGAGGUAGCAUGCCAGAAGUAACAGUGUUUCAAAUCACCACUGCCCUUUGCACAUACACAUGCUCACACACAGUGUUACCUGGGAACUGCUUCCCUGUGGUGAGAUCCAACAUGGCAGCUGUACAUGUACAUGUACAAACAUUGCAGUGCUGUGAAUGGGACCAAUCGCAUGGGUCUUUUCCCACACAAAUGUUGCCCUUGCUCUAACGGGGAGGGUGUUGAAUAGGAAGAUCUGAGCAGUGAAGUUCCUAGCCAUGUGGUUGCCCCCACACAGAUCACAAGGGGGGUUUGGCUCAGUGCAGAGUCCUGGAUCCAAACUCUGGCAUCUCCAGUUAAGGGAUCAUAAAUUACAGGUCUUGGGGAAGACUUCUCUGUCCGUAAUCCUAGAGAGCUGCUGCCAGUCAGAGUAGACAAUACCAAGCGACAUUGACCAAUGGCCUGACUCAAUAUAAAGAUACUUCAUAUUUAUUGCUCAUGCUGCAUGGUGUGCCAAAGUGCGUGCCAAGCUGUGACCUUACUUAGUGGUGUUUUAAUUUUUAAUUUUUGGAACACAAUUCACAAGGUUAAAGAGCACAGCCUGGCAGAUUUAUAGUUGUUACACUUUAAUCGUUUGCUUAUACGGUCCCAUCGUCUGACUCUGAAAAUCAGUUUACAUCAGCGAAAUGGUUCACGGGGAGAGCCUCUCUGCCCACAUGCCAUCACCCUUGAUGGUCAGUGGUAGAGCAGCAGCGUGGCAUGCAAAAGAUCUCAGGUUCAGUUCCCAAUAUCUUCAGUUAAAAGGAUUAGGUAGGGGAUGAGAUGGAAGACUCUGUUUGAGAUCUUGGGGAGCUGCUGCUGGUUAGAGUAGACCAGGGCUUUUUUUGUAGCAGGAACUCUUUUGCAUAUUAGGCCACACACCCCUGAUGUAGCCAAUCCUCCAUGAGCUUACAGGCCUCUUAUUACAGUGUCUACAGGACUGGCUACAUCAAGAGGUGUGGCCUAAUAUGCAAAGGAGUUCCUGCUAUUAAAAAAAAAGCCCUGGAGUAGACAGUCUUGAUGGACUUAUGGUCUGAUCAAGGUUUAAGCAGCUUCAUUUCACCGUGUUUCAAAUCAGCCCUCCAUUCUUUCCCAGCCAGUUAAAAAUUUGCAGAUCAGUUCACAAAUAUCUCACCCUCAUGUCAGCUUUAGCCCCAGUUUGAUUUCCUUAACUUUCUGGAUCUUAGUUGACCAAACUAUCAUGGAGGUAGUAUAACUGUGGCUGGGCUGUACUGCAUUGUGCCACGGUUGAAAGCUCACAGUUCAAGACUUCUCCAUAUGAAAACAUGUAGAACAUGGGCAUAUGAGGGACAAGGGCCAUAACGUUGCUUUGUCCUCAACACAGUAGCUUUUUAUGGAGGAGUGAUCAUCCUGUGAGCCCUCACCUAUGUGUACAGAUGUGAAAAAUUCUUCUGACAACUGUGAAUGGAAGUCAACGAUGAGAAAUUGCUUGCAACCCGCUUUAGUAUUAUGUUUAGCAACAGAAGCAAAAUGUAGUAGCGACCUAUCAGCUGGGCAUUCUUGUCCAGGUCUGUGUUUUUAAUGUACAUCAGAGAUCCCUCUGUGUGUGAAAUGUGGCAGGCCACAUUGGUCCAGUAGUGACAUAACGCUCCCCAUCACCCUCCCAACAGUCUACUUUUUUGUUUUGCUUCAUUCCUCCUUCAAAGGUAAAAGCUGUCAUCGCUUGCAGGCUGCGUCAUUGCUGGUGCAUCCCCCUGCUUUGUUUUUGCUGUCAAGUCGCAGCUGACGUAAGCAAGCUGAUGUAAGCAACCUUUUCAGGGCGAGACAUUCACAGUCGCUCUUUUGCUAUUACCUGGCUCUGCAUCGCAACCCUGGCCUUCCUUGGUGGUCUCCCAUCCAAAUGCUAACCAGGGCUGACCCUGCUUAACUUCUGAGAGCUGAUGAGAUUGGGCUAGCCUGGGCUAUCCAGGUAAGGUCAGGUUUCCCUAGCGAUGGACAGUAGCUGCAUUCUACAAGGUUCCUUUGCUGGUUGCUGACUGGGGACAGAUGAGCCGAAUGCUGCUCCUGUGUUGCACCCUCUGUGAUAGAGGUGCCCUGACAGCCUAAUUUCACUUUACAAAGGAGCACAGGCUGAAGUGAACCAAAGUUGCUUAAAUCCCCUGUCAUUGGGAAUUGUUGUUUGUGAUUUUUUCAUGUGCUCACUCUCUUCUGUCCCCAUUGGAAGGACUGGAAAGGACUAAAGCCCAAGAAUUGCACCUUCUGUGCUCUCAUUGCCUCAGUCAUUUUCCCCAGAAGUACAAUUGUGACCAGAAGGGCAUUGGCUGAUAGAUUUCCUCAGGAUACUGGCCACAUUUGCACAUAUAUGGUGUGACAGGAAAAGGCAGGGCCACCGCCAGGAGCAUCAGAUGCAGGAGGCUCUUCCAGAAGAGCAAUGGACUGGCCUGGCAAGUCUGUUUUGGCCUCCAUGAUCCUGGUUUAAUUUGUUCAGUCCCUUUCCCAUUCUGUUCUGUUGUGGAAUUCCAAAUGUACCCAGUGGUCUGCUGGCAUUUGUCUUCAUCUGUGCCUUAUGCUUGUGGUUGUGUGGAUGCUGUAAUGUGUGUCUUGGCACACCCUCGGAUAGCACAGCAGCUUCCUGGCUAUGAUUUGUGUGUGUGUGUUCCUGGGCAACUCUUCAAGGGUCCACAUUUGGCAAGAUCUGCUGCUGGAUUACUGAGGUCCUAUUUGCAAACAAGCCAUGUUGCCUGUUACAUCUUUCACACUAUCCCAUCCCUAGAAAUGGUACGAAGGUGAUUUUGAUUCCAAAAACUUGGGCAAGAGAGCUGCUAAGCGCAACAAGCUUUGUCGUAUGCAGUAUGGAAGCAUAUCAGAACUAUUUUGGUCAGGGAUUAGAUUUUACAAGCCCAACACUCAAGGUUUUGAGGCAGACAGAUCAGCAGAAGGGGUUACCCAAAGGCAGGGCUUUUUUUGUAGCAGGAACAACUUUGCAUAUUAGGCCACAUACCCCUGAUGUAGCCAAUCCUCCAAGAGUUUUAAGUAGGCCCUGUAAUAAGAGUCCUGUAAGCUCUUGGAGGAUUGGCUACAUCAGGGGUGUGUGGCCUAAUAUGCAAAGGAGUUCCUGCUACCAAAAAAGCCCUGCUCAAAGGUAGGAAAGUCUGGAUUUUCUGUGUAUCCUCUGCAGUCUCACUUAGGGAACUGUGCACAUACAAGCCAGUCAUGGUAACCCCAUCCCUCAAGAACACAAAAUGCCUCAGGUAGAAAAUCCCACUUCAUUCCAACAGAGGAGACAAUUUAGCCAGAGAGGCUUGCAGGCUGAUGGACAGUACCUCCCUGUCUCCUUUAAGAAACCACAUGCAACUCACAGCUGAAGGUUUCUGUUAUUUCAGUCUUCUUUGUGUAUAUUCUUAUACUGUUAAUUAAUUAUGCUAUAUAUGAAUGUAGUGUAAUUAAUUUCAUAAUAGCCUGAUGAGAAUUGGUUUUUGUAGAUGUUCAGAAACGAUUUCUUAUAUAGGUUUUUUAAGUAAAAGCUGUCAUUAACAUUUCAUAGGACUAGAUUCAGGUGGGGAGCUGUGUUGGUCUGAAGCAACAGAACAGUUUGAGGCCAGUGGGUCUUUUAAAACCAACAAAAUUUAAUUCUGGGUAUAAGCUUUUGUGCAUGCACAUGAAAGCUUAUACUCAGAAUUAAACUUCAUUGGUCUUAAAGGACCCAGUGGACUCAAACUUUGUUCUACUUCAUAGGACUGUGUAUCAGUGUUUAUAUCGGGUCUUCUAACUCCCAUAAUUAGAAUUUAUCUUUGGUGGGGGGGAUAGAUAUCCCUGUUUACACAGACAACUGUAAAGUGUAAAAUAUGUACAUAAUCUUUGGAAAUACAAAUAUUUUGAUAAAUUUGUGUGUAUUUUUAAUGCUUGUGGGGCUGUAUUUAAUUAUUUGAGGCAUUUGUGUGCCAUCAAUAAAAAGUAGACUCUAAA